AGUGACGGCCUGGGAGUCAGCGGGGAUGCUGAGGCGGAACUCAAACUCUGCGCUGCAGUUUCCUUCGGAGCCUCCUAAACAUCACGGACGACCGGAAGCGGUCGCAAAUUUAAACAGCCAUCACAGCAACAAUAAACGCGUACUUUCACUUUACGGGCUGUCUGAUGAAUCAAUCAUUUAUGGAAACUUAAGCUGAAAUCUUACAGAGGAUUUCUUUAAGGUGAGGUGCAAACCUAACAGAAGCAGUUCAAGCUGACGGCAACAGUAUGGAAGAAGAAACAAAGACGGCUGAGACAGAACAAAGAGAUGCUGCGAACAAUGAGGGAGAGCCCAGUGUAGACAUGCCCAACAACAGCCCAACUAAAAGAGGAAGGGGGAGGCCACAAGGUUCAAAGAAGUUGAAGGUUUGUGUUACAGACGUUAACCUAAUGGAGCUGGUUUCAGGCAUUUCCAACGGUGGGUCCACACAGCCUCCGAGGGGAAGAGGGCGUCCAAAACUCUCUGGCACGAAACACACAGAGCAGCAAGGAUCAGGAGACGACCAUGCUGAUGAUUCUGUGCAAACUCCUACGGAUCAAGGGAGGUCAAAAGGGUCCAAGAAAGAGGCCAGCGAUGAAGACAGUCCUAUGACAGACCAUUCUCCUAAGAAAAGGGGCAGGCCGAAAAAGUCUCUUAGCAAAAGCACCCUUGAGAAGGCCGAUGCUGAAGACUUACCGAAUGGUGCCUCUGAUACGCCAAAACCGGGAAGGGGCCGUCCCAAAGGAUCCACAAAGCGCAAGUCAGAAAGUUUAACAAGUGGUGAAGAGAAUGAAGGCAGUCCUGUAAUACCUAGGAAAAGAGGUCGACCAAAAGGCUCUCUCAAUAAUACACCCAGACUGGAGAGAGAGGUGAGCAGUGAGGGCGAGGCGGAAGCUGAUGGAAGCCUAAACUCGCUGAAAAGGGGGAGGGGUCGGCUCAGGAAAGUGGAGGUGAAUAACAUCGGCGAGUCGACGCAGGAAACGUCGAAUGGCAUCUCAAAGACGCCUCGGAGAGGGAGGGGAAGGCCAAGAAAAAGUAUUGAGCAGCAAAGCGGAGAUCAACAAGAACUGGUCACAGAUGGCUCCCAGCCAGCUAAGAGGGGAAGAGGCCGACCUAAAGGCUCUUUAAACAAGAAGGUGCACGGUAAGGUAGGCCGGCCUCGGAGAGUCCAUGUCCCGCCCACAAGAGGGAAGCGCGGCCGACCAAGAAAACAACCGGCCAAAAGGGGAAGGCCAAGGAAGUACCCUCUGCCGUCACCCGAGGAGCUGAAAAGGCCAAAAGUAUGGAAGCCGUUGGGAAGGCCGAGGAAAUACCCACGUGUUGAUUCUCCAGUGGGAGCUCCACCAGCCCCUCGCCGAAGCCGCGGUCGACCCCGCAAGUCAGAGUCCAAGAAAGGAGCUCACUUACGCAAGAGUUUGCCUAGCUCUCCAUCCUCACCACGCAACCCCAAUGACGGACCCCCGAGAAAAAGGGGCCGUCCCCCAAGUACUGCAAAAAGUGAAGAGGACGCCCCGCGGAAAAGGGGCCGCCCUAAAGGUUCAGUCAACAAAAACAAAGCCAGAAGUGAAACACAGCUCGACAGCGCACCCCCCAACCAUUCAAAGAGUGAUUCAUCUGCUGUUGGGGUGGAACCUGACGGAGAGCCGGUACAAGAGGAGGCGGAGCACAAAACAGAGACGAUGCCCAUCGAGCGCAGAAGCGAUACUGAAGAAACGCUCAUUGAUCAGAAUGCAAGCUUUGAAGUUAGUAACCAGGCUUGAUGAACGAUCCGUUUGCCGUUUAAAACAUUGAAUACAAUCUUGUCAAUGAAAACAUAUGUUUUUAACAUUUUGUCAGUCGGGUAGGCUAGAUAUUCAGCAGCGAUUCUGUUUUCCUGACUAACUUGUUCAUAUUGUUUUUAUUGUGCUUGAGUUUUUAAAAAUACAUUAUUUCUGUCAUCUGAGUAAGCAGUAGUACUGAUAAUCUUUUACUAGAACUGGCACGUAGAGUUUAUUAUAGACUGAUUGUUCCAGUUUUCAUUUAGCUUUCAGAUGUAGUGUUUGUCAGUUUAAGUGUAACUGUAAAACAUUUGCUGGAGAAUGACUUGGAUGGGGGGACAAAAACAAAGAACAGUGAGGUAAAAUUACUGUAUUUGUCAACAGAGUCUGGUGGCUUUGAGGAGAGUGAUGUAACUGUUUCUGGUUAAACAAAAAGGUCUAUCUCUGAAGGGUCUUUCCAUAAUGUUGUCAGACACUUAAUAAUAACAAUCUGAGCCUGUCUGUGGCAAAAACAAGCACUUUUAGUGGACGUACUUUGACGGUGCGCUAUCGCCUGGAAGGAUUACAUUGCAGCCCUGCCUCGUGGCUGCAGGCUGCAGCGCUCUCGCUCAGUACUGGACCACUUUGAAAAAUUGUUGUCCCCAUUAGUCACUUAGACACAAAAACAUGGGAAAAUAGGGUCCAGGAUGAAAAAUACUGAAGUUUCCCUUUAAAACAGUAAUACUGAAUAAACAACGAUAUUGAAACAAUGCAAUUUACUGGUAAGUCUCUGUUCCAAGGCUGGGUUUCUAGUAAUUUGUGUUAUUAAAGAUGUCGAAGUGGUUCUGAAUGAGGUUUUUGCUUCUGGAACAAAACCUGGAAGUUGCAGUUUCACUUUGGCUCUCUAUUGAGUAUCUGUGAGGAGAGUUUGCGGGCUUGCGAGACAAAAUAUGUCCAAAUGAUGUCAUCAUUUUCUCAAUGCCAUUUCACAGUUGAUCAUGUCUUCACAUUUGUUUUGCCUUAAUUGCCAAAGCUUUGAAUGUACCAUCAGUUACCGUUCCUUAGAUCAAUGAGUUGUCUUGCACAGAUCAGCCUCUCAACUUUUAUUUCAUGCAUUCCUCGACAGGACGAAAAGCUCUGUAUCAAACGCCUUCCCGCCGCUCACAGUCGCCCUGAAGAUUUCCUCCUCCACUUGUACCAUUCACUUUUUUAGUUUCAGCUGUUAUCGAGUUGCAGUUGUUAUUUCACUCUUUUCUCUAAAUGUUUACAUGUAGCUGUGAAGCCUUUUAUUUUUUUAUAACUGUCAUGAGAUUAAAUUCAAGUGAUUGGAUUGAUUUCCAAAACAUUCAUUUACUUGUUUUUUGAGCACCUUGUGUAAAAAUUGUGACUUGUACAUCAUUAUUACCGAUAUUAACACCUUUUAUGGUUGAGUCAAACAAUUGAAGUUUGAAUGCCAAAUUGUGCUUCUGUGUGUCGAGUUAUCAUAUGUAAAAAGAAUGCGAGAUGGAUGGAAAUGGAGGCUAAAGGUUUUAAAAAUCACAUUGAAACUCGAUCUGGCUCUGUGAAGUCAAAUCAUUUUAAGUGGACAUAUUAGGAUUUUGUGUGUUUUGAACAAGAAGUCAAUAAUUUGUGAGAUUAUUCUCUUGAAAUAAAAUGUUGAUCUUGCUGUUUUA